AUGGGUGAUAAGAAUGGACAAGUAGUAGCUGGUGGUAAUGGCCAAGGAAAUCGAUUGGAUCAAUUGAAUCAUCCAACCGAUGUGUUGAUUGACAAAGAGACGGAUAGUCUCAUUAUUUGUGAUCGUUGGAAUGAACGAGUCGUACGAUGGUCUCGUUGUAGUGGCACAACUCAAGGAGAAAUCCUCAUCGACAACAUCGAUUGUGAAGGAUUGGCCAUGGAUGAUCAGAGAUAUCUCUACAUCUCUGACAUUGAAAAACAUGAAGUAAAACGAUAUCAAAUAGGAGAAAAGAAUGGAACUAUUGUAGCUGGUGGCAAUGGCAAAGGUGCUGGUCUCAAUCAACUCAACUAUCCGACCUACAUCUUUGUCGAUCAACGACAGACUGUCUACGUGUCAGACUACAGCAAUCAUCGUGUAAUGAAAUGGAAUAAAGGUGCAAAAGAAGGAAUUGUCGUCGCUGGAGGUCAAGGCAAAGGGAAUAUUCUGACACAAUUAUCGUAUCCUGAAGGACUAUUCGUCGAUACAUUGGGUACCAUCUAUGUGGCA